AUGGCGGAAUCGAUUUCAACAGCUUAUACAUUUUCACCCAAACAACCUCCAAGAAGAAACACUUUACCUGUUACUCAAGAACAACCAAAAAUCAAACACACCCAGAAACGAUUUUUCUAUAAUGUUGCUGUUCUUCCAUCUUACUGUCAAAAAAUUAUUGCAGAGCUUUUAGGGACGUAUAUCUUGAUUUUUGCUGGAUGUGGAUCAGCACUUGUGGACAGAGAUCGAUCUUUAACAAUUUUGGGGAUUGCAAUGGUUUGGGGUUUAUGUUUGAUGGCUCUGAUUUAUUCACUUGGCCAUAUUUCUGGUGCCCAUUUCAAUCCUGCUGUUUCUAUUGCUUUUGCUGCUUCUGGGAGAUUGCCUUUGCUAUAUGUGCCAAUGUAUGUGGUGUCUCAGAUUUUAGGUUCGGCAUUAGCGUGUCUCACUUUGAAAAUCUUGUUCGAUCAUCAAAAGGACACGCUGCCGACAGUGACUCGGUAUUCGACUCCAACAACAGAUGCAGAAGCUUUCUUGUGGGAAUUCGUCAUCACUUUCAUUUUGAUGUUCUCCAUCAAUGGUGCUGCGACUGAUGAUAGAUCGAGCAAGGAACUUGCAGGGGUUGCAAUCGGAGUCACGCUGAUGUUCAAUGUGAUAAUUGCAGGGCCAAUUACAGGAGCUUCUAUGAACCCUGCAAGAAGCAUAGGCCCUGCAGUUGUGGCAAAUGAAUACGAAAACCUUUGGAUUUUUAUCGUUGCCCCUAUUCUAGGAGCUCUAACCGCAAGCCUCGUAUACAGUCUUCUCCGACAACCAAAGCAAGAGAAACAGGAUUUCGAAAACGAGGACCCCAGAAGCAUCUAUAACGAUCUGUUUUCCCAGUCGAUUCCAUAAAAACCACAACUUUUCAACAAUUCACGACACCAAGUAGUUCUAAAAAGGUCGUCACAUCC